AUGGAGGCAGAUCAAGAUCCAUCAAACCUCCACCUCCAUGACGAUACUCUCACCCAACAGAUUGAUCGAUUCAUCUCUUCCCAUGAUCCGCCUGAUCACAUAUUGGAAUCCGUUCAAUGUUUUUCCCUUCUUUUUGAUGAAGAGGUCGUUCAAUACGAAUCAGGUACCAAGAAAUGGACUCUCCAUGAAACCUCUUCUUUUCUAGUUUCCGUUGAACGCACAUCCAAGCUUCUCCAUUCUCUCUCCAGAUUUCAAUCUCAAGACGAUUACGCCGCUGCCAUAAACCAGAUCAGUGGUAUUCAUCAACGUGCCAUGUCGUUUAUGGAGGACGAAUUCAAGUCCAUUCUCGAUGAUUACCAGACUUCACACGAUCGAGAUCAAAAGAAUCUUGAUGAAGCAGCCUCGUCUCCAUCCGAUGAUCAACCUCAACCGGAUGAUCAACCCGUCGAUGAUAAUUCUAAAGAUAAUUUUCUAGGAUAUUCAGACGACAUGAUAUCAAAUCUCAAGAAAUUAGCCAAGGGAUUGAUAGGAGGAGGUCACCAGACAGAGUGUAGCGAAUUAUAUUUCUUUGUUCGAAGAAAUGCAAUCGAACACAACUUGAAGCUUUUACCCUUUGAAAAGUUUUCAAUCGACGAAAUGCAGAAGAUGCAGUGGGAGCCUAUAGAGAAAGAGGUUUCUGCAUGGACGAAGAUGUUCAAAGACUUUACAACCUCGCUCCUCCCUAGCGAGCGGAGGCUGGUAGACGCCGUCUUCUCCUCCUCCUCCUCCGCAAUCUCCGACAGCUUAUUUGGUAACCUAGCACGAAUUGUCCUAUUUUACUUUCUCACUUUUGCGGAAGGCGUCAUGAUGACGAAGCGAGCCGCUGAGAAACUGUUCAAGUUUCUCGACAUUUACGAGGCAUUAAGAGACAGCAUUCCACAAGUGGAGAAAUAUCUUUCUGAUGACUGGUUACUCCAACUCAGAUCCGUUGCCUCGUUGAUUAAUAACAUGCUAGGGGAUGCUAUUUUCACCAUUUUCGGAGAGCUUGAGAACUCGAUCAAAGCAGAUACAGGCAAAACGCCGGUUCCUGGCGGAGCAGUACAUCCUCUAACUCGCUACACCAUGAAUUAUCUGAAACUAGCCUGCGAGUACAGGGACACAUUGCAGCAAGUAUUCAGAGAGCAUAAAAAGAUCAUAGAUCGAGCGGACUCGGCCACAGGUUCGGAUUGGGAUCCGAGUUCUGAAGAGGUAACACAGAACGUUGAUGAGGAUCAUGGAUCGUCAUUCCAAUUGCAAUUGGGCAGAGUGAUGGAUCUGUUGGAUGCAAACCUGGAAGCAAAAUCAAAGCUGUACAAAGAUCCGUCGUUGAGCUUGAUUUUCCUGAUGAACAACGGACGAUACAUAUUACAGAAGACAAAAGGAACGGGGGAGAUGAGGAGCUUGAUGGGAGAUCCAUGGGUGAGGAAACGGUCGUCGGAUCUGAGGAGUUACCACACCAACUACAAGAGAGAAACAUGGACAAAGCUGUUGCAGUGUCUGAGUCAUGAAGGAUUGAGCGUGAACGGGAAGGUGAUGAAGCCGGUGCUGAAGGAGAGAUUCAAGAGUUUCAACGCGAUGUUCGACGAAAUACAUAGAACACAAAGCACAUGGGUGGUGAGUGAUGAACAGCUUCAGUCAGAACUGAGGGUGUCCAUAUCGGCGAUAGUAAUUCCGGCGUAUAGGUCGUUCAUGGGGAGGUUCAGUCAAGUGUUUACUCCGGGAAGGCAAACGGAGAAGUACAUAAAAUAUCAGCCGGAAGAUAUAGAAACAUGCAUCGAAGAGCUGUUUGAUGGGAAUGCAGCUCAGCAAGGCAAGAAGAGAUGAUAAAAUUAAAUACCAAACACCAAC